GGAAACCUGGCGAAAAGCAGGAAGUGCUGGAGCUACAUUGACGGCAAUGCAGAUUUGUGUUUAUCUCUGUGUUUAUGACACUCUGGUGCAAAAACUUCAUGACAGGCAGCUUGUUCUUCUCAGCGGAACAGAUAUUUACCACGUAACCCGCCCUCGGAGGAACAUAUGAUCAAGGUUUGAAGGACCUGCGGCGAAAAUGAGUCGAAGCCGGAACCCUCCGCAGAAGGGCCAGGGGGCCGCCAGGGCCAAACAGAUGGGACUGCUGCUGGAUUUGGCUCCUGACAGCGGGCUGGAUGACUCUGGAGGAAAUGAUGAGGAGCUGGAGGCGGAGCUUCUGGCAUUGAUGGGAGGAGGAGGGGGGAGCGGACCAGCGGGCAAGAGACCUGGAGGAAAAGCUCCGGUGCCAAUGGAGGACAUUGAGCGGAUGGCAGCGUUUUGUAUGAAAGACCUGGACGAGGACGUAGACGAUGAUGGUGAUUUGGAGAACGACGCUGAUCUCUUGGCCGAGUUGAGUGAGGUGCUGGAAGACGAUAAGGAGCAAGUGGUCAGGAAACCUCCUCCGUCACCAGUGCCUCCUCAACGCUCCAAUGCAGCGCCCGCAUCCCAGAAUGCACCUGCCAGCCUGGAGGCUUGCCUGCAAGAGCGCUUGGACAUGUACCAAACAGCCAUUACCAAUGCCAAGGCCGCGGGCGAGACCAGCAAAGCACGGCGAUACGACCGCGGACUGAAGACUCUACAGUCUAUGCUGAUGUCAGUUAAAAAGGGGAAGCCCAUCAAUGAAGAUGAGAUUCCUCCUGCUGUGGCCACCGGUGGAAAACCCUCUGCUGCUUCGCAGGCCGAGCCAAUCACAGAGCAAGAAAAACCUGCUCCAGCAAACACGCCACCGCAGACGGCUAAUGUCAAGCCAGUCGCUCCGUCCAAGCCUCAGCUGCUACAGCCGACGGCCGUAACACCCGAUACACCAGCCAUAUCACCCCUCACGCCCGGCCAGCCCAACACACAGCACUCAGAGCUCAAAGCGAGCAUAUUAAGCAGACAGAGAGAGUAUAAGCUGGCAGCCUUAAAGGCCAAGCAGAGCGGAAACACUGAACAAGCCAAACAACUCUACCAAAUGUUCAAGGGAUUAGACUCAGUGGUGGAGAGUGUUGACAGACGCGAGUUUGUGGACAUCAGCUCACUGCCGCCCCCUCCUGGAGAGGUUGAAGUGCCACGCUCUAACCCUCCUCAGCUGUCCUCUAAAGCAGCCGCCCCUCCUGCUGCCUCCACUGCUGCCCCAGACACAGCUCUCUCUGCUCCUCGGAGCGUCGCCGAGGCCUUACAGCAACGCAUGGACAAAUACAGAGAAGCCGCAGAGAGCGCCAAGAGCAAAGGAGACGACCGCAAAGCACGCAUGCACCAGCGCAUAGUCAAGCAAUAUCAAGACGCCAUUAAAUCUCAUAAAGCAGGACGGCCUGUGAAUUUGGCAGAACUUCCUGUUCCACCAGGUUGUCCUCCGCUGCAGGGCACUGAAGGCGGCGAGCAGAAUUUUAUGGGCGUCCUGGAGACAGCCAUGAAGCUGGCCAAUCAGGACGCAGAUGCCGAUGCAGACGAAGAACCACAGAAGCCAUCAGCUCAGCCUGCAGUUCAGAAAUCCAGAGCUCCCGCUCCUCCGAAAGCCUCGUCCGCCGGCUCCACUAACACCCCCAAACUAGGAGGGAAAGCCCAGCAGCAGCUGGAUUUCCUGACCAUGCGCAGGCAGCAGUUUGUGAAGGCCGCGCUGCGCUCUAAAGAGAUGAAGGACAUGCAGGGAGCCGCUCAGCACCUGAGAAACGCUAAAGGCCUCGAUGCCAUGAUCACUGCCGCCAAGGCCGGACUUCCUGUGGACAUCACCAAGGUGCCGGCCGCUCCGGUCAGUGAGGACAACUACAGACUGUCUCAUUCACGCUCGUCCGCUCUCUCUCCGCGCGCAUCUGAGCAGUACACUCAACUGAUGGCACAGCUCAAACAGCAGCACGAGAAAUGCCUGGCGUACUCGCAGCAGUUCACUCAUAUGGGGAAUGUAGCAGAAACUGCCAGGUUUGAGAAGCUGGCUGAGGAAUGCAUGAGUAAUAUUGAAGUGCUGAAGAAAGCUCACGCUAAAGGAAGAUCGGUUCCCAAAUUCCACACAGAGGAGCGCACCUUCAACACCGUCAAGAUCUUUCCUACCCUGAUGUCCAAUGACAUGGUGCUGACCGUUGUGAAAGGAAUCAACCUGCCCGCUCCUCCAGGAGUUUCAGCCAACGAUCUGGAUGCGAGUGUGCGCUUUGAGUUCCCGUUCCCCAGCGCGGAAGAAGCUCAGAGAGACAAAACCAGCACUGUGAGAAACACCAACUGUCCAGAGUUUAAGGAGCAGUUCAAGCUGAACAUCAAGCGAGAUCACAGAGGCUUUAAGAGAGUGGUACAGGCCAAAGGCAUCAAGUUUGAGGUCGUACACAAAGGCGGUCUCUUCAAGACAGAUAAAGUGGUGGGAAGUGCUCAGCUGAAGCUGGAAGCUCUUGAGAACCAGUGUGAGAUCAGAGAGAUCAUUGAUGUGUUGGACGGACGCAAGGCGACGGGAGGCAAGCUGGAGGUGCGAGUGAAGAUCCGCGAGCCGCUGUCUGGAGUUCAGCUGCAGCCGGUGACGGAGAAGUGGCUCGUCAUCGACCCGCUCACACCUUCACCGGAGAAGGACCGAGAGCGGGAGAAAGACAGAGACCGGGAGAAAAGCAGGGAAAAGGAACGGCAGGCUCCUCCUCCAAGAUCCAAACCCGGGAACGAUCACGACAGGAACUCUAAACCAAGCUCGUCUCCUCCGCAGUAUAAGCUGCACAGCUUCAGUCUGCUUCAGCACGACAAAGAGAGACUGGAGUGGAAGAUCAACGAUUAUAAGAAGAACAGACGAGAGCCAUCAGAGCUGAUCAAGCAGCACAUGGACGUCUGUCAGCGACUGCAGUGGCAGAAAUCAUACCUGGAGAAACACCCGGCAGCACUGACAGAAUAUGAAAAUGUGCUGCGGAAGUUUGUUCACGGUCUGUCAGAUUCAGUCAAAAUGUUUUCCAGCCAAGGCAACAGGGAUGCAGCAAAAGACGCCCUCGGCCGACUAAAGAUGGUGGAGAACGAGCUGGAGUCGGUCAGGAAAAAACGGGCCAUCAGAGAGUGAAGAAACGCGCCGAGUGACGUGACUGUCUGCUGGAAAACUCUUCACACUUCUGAAAUCAUGAGAAUAGAAAUGAAUCGUGACAGAUAUAAAGGAGCUGCAGAGGGAAACACAACGAAACACUACACACACACAUGCAAUUAAGCACCUUUUGC